AUCCUCCAUAAAACUAUUACUAAAUCCUUUUCUUUUUUCAUGUUCACAAGUCAGAUGAAAGUAGUGUCUGUAUAACAAAUCACACCAUAGUUGAACCUUGAACCUGCAUAUCUAUCACCCCCCCCCCCCCCUAACCCCACUUAUUUCUAGGUGGUGAUAUAUGCAGGGCAAAAGGUGAAACAAUCAAUUAAAUUCGUUAUUAGAUUCAUGUCUACUUGUACAGACAGUAAUGAAGAGAGAAACAUUUGGAAUUGGAAAUCAAGAUUUGUGAGUCUCAUCUGUCACUAUUCCCUCGAACUCUCUCACACUAUGCGGGGCAGCAGGGGUUUCAAGCUCAAAGACCGUUGUAAGACUACUCAAGUCCAUGCUUACAACCCAUCUUCUGAAACUUCCACGAGCAACCCUUUUCCUUUUCCUAUUUCCAAGCUCCAUUUCCCUACAAUCAACUCCAUUUUGCAAGAAUCUGCUGAUUCUAUUAUUUCCCUUUCAACAGCUGAGACUUUUCUUCCCUAUGGUCUUCCAAGAACCGAUUCUUUUGAGCCCCCACUUGAGCUUUGUCUCAAAUCUGUUGAUUUUGUUGAAUCUUUGGCUGAGCUUUACCGCAAAAUCCAGAUGACCCAAGAUUUUGAUAAAUCUUUGGUUUAUUUAGAGCAGUAUGCGCUCUUGUGCAGCCUUGGUGAUCCAAAGUUGCUGCGAAGGUGUCUUCAAUCGGCUCGUCAACAUGCGGUUGAUGUGCAUUCCAAGGUGGUUUUGUCAGCUUGGUUGAGGUUUGAAAGGAGAGAGGAUGAGUUGGUUGGAUCAUCAGCUUUGGAUUGUAUAGGAAGAGUUGUUGAAUGCCCCAACGCUGCUUUGCUACAUGGCUAUGAUCCCAAUUCUGUUUUUGAUCAUUGCCUAUGUUCUAAUCAGAUCUCUCAUUUUGGGAAUAAUUUCCUCAGCUCAGAAUCAGAAGAGGAUGGGGUUGUUUGCUUCUGCAUAGGCAAUGAGGAAGUCAACUGUAUUCGAGGUAAAAUUGCAGCUCUCUCUGCUCCAUUAAAAUCAAUGCUGUAUGGUAAUUUCAUUGAGUCUGAUAAGCAAAGAAUUGAUUUUACACACGUUGGUAUAUCUGCGGACGGAAUGAGAGCUGUAGAUUUCUUUACUAGGACUAGAAGAUUAGAUUCUUGCUCACCCAAUGUACUUCUGGAGCUUCUUUCAUUUGCAAAUAGAUUUUGUUGUGAGGAAAUGAAAUCUGCUUGUGAUUGUUACUUGGCGUCUUUGCUUUCCGAUAUCGAUGAGGCAUUGGUUCUUAUUGAUUAUGCUCUGGAGGAGAGAGCACAUCUGCUCGUGGCGUCUUGCUUGCAGCUGAUGCUAAGAGAGCUUCCAGGUUAUUUAUAUAAUCCAAAGGUUCUCAACACCUUUUGUAGCUCUGAGGCUAGGGAGAGACUCGCCACAGUUGGGCAAGCUUCUUUUCUGUUGUAUUAUUUCCUUAGCCAGGUAGCAAUCGAAGAUAACAUGGUGUCCAAAGUUACAGUUAUGUUGUUGGAGAGAUUAAAGGAGUGUGCUAACGAAAGAUGGCAGAAGGCACUCGCUUUGCAUCAACUGGGUUGUGUAUUGCUUGAAAGGAAGGAUUACAAAGAAGCUCAACAUUGUUUUGAGAUGGCUAUUGAGGCUGGUAAUAUUUAUUCAAUAGUAGGUGUUGCACGAACUAAACUCAAGCAGGGGCAGAUGUUUUUAGCUUAUGAGCUAAUUAAUGAUAUUAUUAUAAAGUAUAAACCUAUGGGGUGGAUGUACCAAGAGAGGUCUUUGUACAGCUUAGGCAAACAAAAGAUUUUGGAUGUUAAUGAAGCCACCAGAUUGGAUCCUACCCUUACGUUUCCAUACAAAUACAGAGCCAUUGCAAUGGUAGAAGACAGCCAGAUUGAGGCUGCUGUCACAGAGAUAAAUAGGAUUGUUGAUUUUAAGGUCUCUCCAGACUGCAUUGAAUUGCGCGCUUGGUGCUUUAUUGCACUUGAAGAUUACCAAUCUGCUAUAAGGGAUAUCCGUGCAUUGUUGACUCUAGAGCCGAACUUUAUGAUGUUUCAUGGGAAAGUGAGAGCUGACCACCUGGUGGAGCUCCUCAGUCAGCACGUUCAACCAUGGAGUCCUGCAGAUUGCUGGAUGCAACUCUAUGAUCGAUGGUCAUUUGUUGAUGAUAUUGGUUCAUUGUCUGUUAUAUAUCAAAUGCUCAUAAAUGAUCCUGGGAGGAGUGUCCUGCGCUUCAGGCAAUCUCUUCUCCUAUUGCGGUUGAAUUGUCAAAAAGCCGCAAUGCGCAGUUUGCGCCUGGCCCGGAAUCAUUCCACCUCCAAAUAUGAGAAGCUUGUAUAUGAAGGAUGGAUAUUAUAUGACACUGGACAUCGUGAAGAAGCACUUGCCAAAGCUGAGGAAUCGAUUUCUAUCCAAAGGUCAUUCGAGGCCUUUUUCCUUAAAGCAUAUGCUCUAGCCGAUACAACUCUGGAUUCUGAAUCUUCAUCUUAUGUCAUCCAACUGUUGGAGGAAGCACUUAAAUGUCCUUCAGAUGGUCUUCGCAAAGGACAAGCAUUAAAUAAUCUAGGAAGUAUUUACGUGGAUUGCAAUAAGCUGGACCUUGCAGCAGAUUGCUAUGUUAGUGCCCUCGAGAUAAAGCACACAAGAGCUCAUCAAGGGCUAGCGCGUGUAUAUCAUCUCAAAAAUGAUAGGAAAGCUGCUUAUGAGGAAAUGACAAAGUUGAUAGACAAGGCUCAGAACAAGGCAUCAGCUUAUGAGAAAAGGUCCGAGUAUUGUGAUCGCGACAUGGCAAAUAAUGAUCUCAGCAUGGCUACACAGUUGGAUCCUCUAAGGACAUACCCGUAUAGAUACAGGGCUGCAGGCAACUUAUUGUUCUCAUGGAGCAACUGCAGAGAGCUCCUCUUCUUUUGACAAGUAAAUUAUUCUUUGAAUCAACCGGUACCAAGAAGGUGCUUAGAGAAUAUAAACUGAUGACUCGUCUCAUUUCACAUGUUUAAGGAGUAUAGCAAGUUGUUUAAAUGAUUAUAUCAUUUACAGUAUUCUUCCAAUCUUCGUACACCAAAAUUAUAAAUUUUAAAGACAUUACAUAUUAUAUGUGCUCCUUUUUCCGUCAAAACAUCUAUGAUUCUUUCUAUCCAGAUUGUCCUAAUAAAACAUAAGCAAGUUUCCAACUGUGACUCUUUUAGAUAUCCUCUGUCCCUGCCCAUUGUUGAGAGUUUGCUGCAGAUUCUUUGGCAUCACGGACUCCAAAUAUGUUUAAAAACAUUAUCCAUAUUUUCUAUGUUUGCUUGUUGUAGGUGGUUAACUGAUUCAUUGGAAUCAUGUAGGAAGCAUCUAUGAAACAGUUUAAAAUCCCUUCUUCGCAUAUUAUCUUGUGUCAAACAGGCUUCAUGUGUUGCAACCGCAUGCUAUUUUUGGAGGUGCCUUGGUGUUCCAAAUCAUUUUCCAUGGUCAAUGAUCUUCUUCUUUUACUUGUCUGUGGAUUAUCUUACAGCAUAUGAUUUAACAGUAAAUCUCCCAUCCUUGCUACCAAUCCAAAGUAUGUAAUAUUUCACAUCAUCCUCUAAUACCAUUUUUUCCAGUUUCUGCAGCAAAAAGCUGAUAUCCUCAAUUUCUCAAUCAUUGAAUUCCUUCUAAACUGUAGAUUCCAUAACAUUCUGCAAUUGUACAAUCUUUAGUUGUGAUAAGGCUGUACCAAUCUGGGAGGAUUCCUUUUGGUGUCAGGCCUCCGACUGCUUAUCAAAUACAUAUUCUAAUAUUUCUCCUGUUGCCCAGCUUUAGUCUAAUACUGUUCUGAUAUUCUCCCCAAAUGCAAGAAGCUCUUCUUUUUGAGCUUGGCCUAUCAAAUGGUUACAACAGCCUUUUGGAAUAUUGCAUUUUCUGACACAAGGACAAUCUACUUUAUGCUAUCAAAAUUCUUUUCGUUGGCAUUUGUCUGUGAAUGGUGAAAUGAUAUUGAUGAAGUAUGAUAAACUUUACAGUAAAGUUUAGAGUUUUGGUUCAGUCAAAUCAAAUAGUAGUCUAGACUCUUCAUGAAUGACUUCAGCGAAGUAACUUUAAUCCUGU